AACUGUUUUAUGACGUCCAUGUUGCUUUAUUUUAGUCAAGCAGAAGUAGCAAUCAACUUCGUGACACAUUGGUUGUCGCCAAAUUGUUGGUACAUCAAAUGAUAAGUAUUGUCUAAAAUGGAUGUUAAACCAAAAAAUGUUUACAUUGAACUUAAGGAAUUAUCUAACCAGGUGAUAAUGAAAUACCCAUUUGAAAAAAACUAUGGAUCAGCAACAAAUAUUGCAAGAGUAAAUACGGAUCAAAUGAAAAUUAUAGCUAUGAUUAGGAAUGAAUAUGAAAGAAUCGAAAAAGUACUUAAUGAAUGUAAAGAACUAGGAGAUAAACUAGACCUGGUUCAAUAUUAUUCUAAAGUGAUGAUUAUUUUACUAGAAAAAUUGAAUAUACCAUCGAGUUUUUGUUGUUAUUUAAAUGAUAAACAAAUAUUGAGCAAAAUAUUUGAGUAUUAUUGUAAUGAUUGAAAUUUCAUCUCAAAGUCAGUAUUUUUAGAUUUUUUGAAUAAUGAAAAACUACUGGAUGAUGAGAAUGUAUCAUACAAUAAUAUAAUUGACCAAUUAGAUUUACAAAGUAAUUAUUUAAGCAUUUUUUAAAACUAUUUAAAAGAAAAAAAAAUUGAAUAUUAUUACAUAUAAGAUAAUGAUUUGUGAAGGACGAUAAAGUUGUAAAAGCUAAUAAUGUUAUUUUUCAUUCAACACAUCACAUGAGUAAUAGUACCAACAAAUCUUCAUUAUAAAGUUAUUUAAUAUUUAUUUAACCACAUUGCAAUAAUAAUAGUUUUCUCAAAAUUAUUCAUUACGAUGUGAUUUUGUAGACUUUUAUAAGAAAAAAAAUAUUAUCAGGUUUUUCUACGUUGAUGGAACCUUAUUUGGGAAAAUAUUUGGAUAAUUUGGGAUUAACUCAAUGUACAUAAGAUUUUUUAAAUAAAUUUGAACUUGUAAGAAUGUUUAUCACUU